AUGAAUACUGUUUUGGAAUGUUUUUGGAAGUUAAAAAAUUCUUCAUACUUGUCUGAUUAUAAUUUGGAAGAAUUUGUGACUUUAUUAUACAAUUUUAUUAGUCGCCGACUCGGGACAUUUGAAAUUCCAUUUAAAUACGUGACCUGCUUCAGGGACUUUCUAUUAUUUCAAUUGGUGAACUAUAAACAUUCGCUCAAUUUUCAGUGCUUAAAAUCGAGUUCGGGAUUUCCUGAUCUUACUGUAUUAUACAAAAUGAUUUUCAUACUUUCGUGUUUGGAAGUGGAUGCUUUUUGUUUAGAUUAUACUCAGUGUGAUGGCUACUACUCUCCAUCAUGUUAUCUUUGCAGCUUACACAUACUAUCAUCAACUGUGCAACUUAUAUGCAAGGAAAUUAUCAGUGAUUCACAUAGACAUCGAAUUUUCUCGUCGAGCUGUGAUUUCAGUAGGAAAUAUAAUUGCAGGUGCUAUAAGGACGCCUUAGAUUUGAAAACCAUCUGUAAAUAUGAAGAGAAAGAUUUUAUUACGGAUGCAAAUUCUAUAGAUCAAUUUCCUUUAAAAACUAGAAAGCGCCAGUAUAAAUCUGCAAUCAAAAGAAAUAUUACCUCAUCACAUUUCAAAAAAUCGAUUGAAAGAGUCAAUUUCAAUAAUAUCUUUCCUGAUUUUGAACAUGAAAAUGACAUAUCACCUACUGAACAUCAUCUUUUUGAUUGUUCAAAGUCUAUAUCAAUUCCUCAUCAACAUGUUCUGUCUCCUAAGCAUUCGAAUUGUUCAAAUAUAGAUGUGUUGAGGAUUUAUUUAACAAAGCAUAUGACUACUGAACUUCCUGAAUUCUGCACAUAUCCUCAUAUACUGACUAUUCUUUGUCAAUAUAUCAAUAUGAUCCAGUUUAUCAUACAUAUGAAUGAAGAAUAUUCAAUUCAAUACAGUGAUAUAUUAGCAACAUUCAAUAUUAAUAUUUUAACAGAACUAGAAAAUGUCAUUAUUUCGAUUUAUGAAAAGUUUAUUAGGACUAAAGAUAAUUCCCACUUAGUAACUGUGCUAAUAAUUUGUGAAAAUUUAUCGAUUAUAUAUGAUUGUAUAAAAUAUUGUAAACAUUUAAAUCUCCCUCUCAUUAUCAAUAAUAAUAAUCAUAAUAAUUUAUUAUUAAAUUUGGAUAAAUGUUUAAUUCAAUGGUUUAUUUCCAUAGAUUUUAUUCAAUAUUUUUCUUUCAAAAUAACCAUAAUUGAUACACUUGCAUAUCUCAUUCAUAUCAAUCCUCAAUAUUUCUAUAUUGACAAUCAAUGGCAUUAUGAAAUGAAUAAAUUUUUAAUGAAUUUACCAUUUACAAAUGGAUUAUACAUGAAUGAUUGUUCAUCUAAUGUAAAUGAUUGUCAUUGUACUAUGGAUACACAAUAUGAUGAUGAUAAUAAUAAUAAUAAUAAUAAUAAUGAUUAUUAUUAUUGUUAUAUGAGUUUAUUUCAUCAACUUCAUCAUUUAGAUAAACAAUUAUUACAUCAUAAUAAACAAACAAACAAUGAUUUAAUUGUAAAUAAUGAAUUUCCUUAUUUUAUUGUUUUAUUAGAUUGUUUUAUAUCACAAACAAACAUUACUACAUUACUUGUUAAUAAUAAUAAUAAUAAUAACAAUGAUAUUACUACUACUAUUAGUAAUAAUCUACCAAGUAUUUAUUGUUUAUUAUUAAAAUUUAUGUAUAUACAUAUCACAUCAAUUUCUUCUAUAUAUUUAUUAAAUGAUCAAUAUGUUCAAUGGAUAUUUGAUCUAUUGUUCAAAUUAUAUUACAUAAUAUCACCAUUCAUUUCGAAUCAUUUCAGUACUCCUCCUCCUCCUCCUCCUCUUCCUACUGCUACUACUAAUAAUAGUAAUAAUAAUACUAAUAGUAAUAAUAAUAAUAAUUAUUAUUAUUAUAAUUAUUAUUAUUAUGAUAUUAUUUAUACAUUUUUAAUGAAUUUAAUUAAAAAUCAAAGAUUCAAUUUAUUAAAACAAAUUUUCUAUCAAUUUAUAAAUAAUUCAAAAUUUUCUAGAUUAAAAAUAAAAUUUUUCUCUCAAUUAUUGAAGCAAAUACAAUUACAAUUGAAUCUAUUAUAUAAUAAUAAUAAUAAUAAUAAUAAUAAUAAUAAUGAGAAUAAUAAUAUUAAUAUUAUUAUCAUAUUAAUGGAUUACAUAAUAAAUGAUGUAAUGAUUCCAAUGAAAGAAAUCAAUUCAAUGGAUUUCAAUGAAUAUGAUUUAAUAUUAGAAUGUCUUAUGAAUUUAAUGAGACUGAGAAUUCAAUCCAUUCAUUAUAUUAUAAAUGAUUCAAUCAUUAAUAUAAAUAAUUGGAAAGUAUACAAUGAUUUCAUGGAUAAUCUAUUGGAUAUAAAUGAUGUGAAUCAUUCAUAUUACUUGUUAAGAUGUUUAGUUAAUAAUAUUUUAACUGUCCAGUUGAAUCGUCCUUCAACAGUCUCCAGUGAUCACAUUCAAUUAUCGUCAAUACAAGAAUACGAACCAUUACAAAGUCGUUUGAUGUAUUCCACAGCUGGCUUAUUUUUUGAUAUUUUAAAUGAAUCCGAAAAGUUACUACACACAUCGAAUUCAAAGACUAUUGAAGAAAUCAUAUCAAUUUGGCAAUUAUUAGCUUAUCUUAUAUUAAUCUCUCAUUCAAAUUGGUCAAAUCCACCAAUGAUCAUUCAUUUAAAUCAGAAUUUAUUUCAUCAUUCAUUAAUCAAUGUUCAGAAUUCAAAUAAACAUUCGAAAAAAUCUUUUACUGAACUUGGUAUUUCAUUUAUAAGUAAAGUUAUACAAGUAAAGUUUUAUAUAAAUGAAAACUACAAGGAUCCAAUUACUGAUGUAGUUGAUUUGCGAAAUGUCAAUCAAUUAAGUUCUUUAAUUUUACCGCCAAUGAUUGUUUUACUUGAAAUGAUACCAAAUAUAGCGCCAUUAUUGAAUAAUGGUGAUUCAUAUAGUGAUAAUCAUAAUAAGUAUAACAAUUCGAUCGAUCAGUUAUUCACUAUACUAGAAGAUGCUUUUACACAAGUACAAUUUAUUAGAACAUAUGGUUUUAAUAAUUUUUAUGAGUUCCUUGUACAUUUUAUUCAGUAUACCUUUCAUGAAAAUUCUUUUAUAAACAACAGUACUACUAUUACUACUACUGCUACCAAUAAUGAUAAGAUAACAUUAUCUAAUAAAAUGUUCGACGAACGAUCCCGAUCUUCUUCAUCAUUCACUUCUGAGGAAUCGAUUAAUAAAACAUCAAAUACUUGUACGGAUAAUCAAUAUUUUGUAUAUCAUUCUUCUUUUCAUCUAGAAAAUUCUCCUUUUUUAUCUUUAUUGAGAAUAGAUCAAUCAAAUGAUACAAAUCAAAAGGAUACAAUAUACAAGUAUAAUCCACAAUCAGUACGAUUAUUAGUGUUUUCAACAAGACUAUUUAUUCGAUUAACAUUACAUAAUUUAUCAUUAUUCAAUUGUUGUCUACAUACUAAAUUAUCAUUAUCUAUUAUGAAUAAUGUAAAUGUUUCAAUGAAAUGUGAAAAUCAAUUAUGGUCAAAUUGUCUAUCAAUUAUUAUUGCUAAUUAUUUUAGUAUAUUUAAAUCAGAUUUACAUGGACCACAUUCAAUGGAGGAUAAAUAUUUACAAAUUAAUAUAAAUAAUUUAAUUGAGGAGAUUUUAAAAUUAAUGACUAAUUUAUCAAAGUGUUCAAACUAUUCACAACCACUUGGUGUAUUAAGUGUGAAAUCUGUAAAACACUUUAUGCAGCUGAUAUUGAAAGAUUUAAGACAAAUACAAAAUAUUGAAGGCGGUAACAGUCUUAACAAAGGUAAUAACCAUAAAUACCAACGCAUUACUACUCAUCAUGAUGAUGACCUUACAGAACAGGAUACGAAGCCUGCUACGCUUCAUGCAAUCAAUAGUAUAUAUCCAUACGUUACAUGUCAAAUGUUCAAUUUACUGAUUGAUUCGAUUCAAACAAAUAAUGUUCUAAUGCCAACCAUAUAUACCAUUUGGCCGAUAUUAUUAAACACUCAUCUCUUAAAUUAUCAAUAUGGACAGCUACAUUAUCCUAUUCUACAAUGUACUAAUAUGUGCUCUCAUCAUUAUUCUUAUGCGUUAGCAUUUGAAGAUAAUCAAUAUGAAGUUGAUAAUCACCAAAUUUUAUAUCAAAAAUUAUUAAAUUAUAUUUUUCCAUUAUCAACCAUUAUUAAUCACCGGAGUAAUCAAUCAUUUUUGUCUACUUCGUUUAAUUAUACUACUGAUAAUCAUAGUUUAGGAUUGUCGACUUGGUUUUGUUUACAUGGAAAACAAUUAAAUAAUAUGAAGGUUAAACCUAAGUUCAAUCAAUUAUCUGAAGUGGAUCUAUUUCAAUUUGUACAAUUAAAUCAGUUACAACAUUUCAUCAGUUUGGAUAUACUAUCUUCAUCCUUAUGUCACAACAAUCAAUCUGGAUAUCAAUCAUCGAUAAAUACCACAAACACAUUACCACCUUGUUCAACUAAUCGUAGUCACCUCUCGCUUCAAAUAUGGAUAUCAUCUAUUUAUUCAUGUAUAUAUAUUCGUAUUGUUGAAAUGUCAAUCAAUAAAGAGAAUACAACAUUAGACUAUAAUGAAACAUCUAUAUCAUUGAAGGGGAAUACAAAUGAAAUUGUAUUGCUUAGUGAUUUAUGCUUAGAUUUUCCUAAAGAAUGUAAUAUUUAUGAUGAAUGGAAUCAUUUAUUUUUAUAUAUUGAAUGGAUAAACUAUUUCAAUGCAAAAGUGUCACUUGUAAUCAAUGGUUGGUUUGAAUCUAUCGGCGAUCUAAUAUUGAUUAACAAAGAGUUUGCCGAUUCACAUAUAAACUGUCAACAUCAGUUUAUGCCUCCUGUGUUGCGUUUUGGUCAUGUAAUUGAUGUAUACUCUUCUUUAGAAUGUAGAAGAAAUACUUUUGAUUUAGGGAAUUUACUUUUGUUUACUGGUUUACCUUCUAGUGUGCAGAAACUUUCAUCAUCAUCUUCUGAUUAUGUCUUCAAAUGCAAAAAGAAAUCUUCAAAACAACAUCAUGAACAAAUGUCACAACAGUCAGACCAUCAAAAUGAAAAUUAUUUUAACAAUUCAGUUAAAGCAGUCGCUUUAUCACUUAGCCUUUUAGGUCCAUUAUUCAAUGGUUAUUUUGAUUCAGUUGAAUCAAGUGCAUACUAUCGAAAUUCAGCUGAUUGUAUACUUCAUGCAUUUAUACGUAGAUAUGCAUUAAAGGAUUCAACAUUGAAAAGUAAUCAUUAUUAUCAUCAUCAUGACUAUGAUUAUAUCAGUCAAUUAUUAAUAAGAGCUCAUUCUUUAAUCCAUCCAGAAUUUUGGUUAAGAUUCUUAAAAACAUACUGUUCAGAGCAUUUAUUCAUUAUUUUGUUGAGUCAUAAUCUAACUUGUGUACAAUUCAUUUUACCAAAAUCGCUAAUAUCAUUCCAUAAAGCUGAAUAUAAUGAAUCGUUAACAACGGAAGUGAACAACGAUAACGUGCAUGACAUAUACUUGUUAAAUUCCAAUGUUAGCCAACAUUACAAAUCAUUUGAUGAAAAUACAAUACAAAUUGAUUAUGCUCAUUCGUCUAAAAUGCGAUUAUGGUUAUUAAGGAGCAUAUAUUCACCUGAUAACAAUCAAUCAAUAUCUUACUAUGUUAACUACUAUUAUCGGGAAAGUUUUGAUUCAGUUUUUGAACCCCAUGGAGGUAUUGAAGUGCCAAUUUGCCUUCUUGGUGAACUUGUCUGUCAAUCACACAGUUCUAAUUUGAUUUCAUAUGGACUAAAAUUACUCUUUACAAUGUUACAUCAUUCUAGUAUAAUGUAUGCAAAAUUUUAUGCACCAGCAUUAUCACAUCCUGGUUUAGAGAAUUCAAUGGAAAGACGACAUAAAAAACUAUGGUUAUUUCAAAAUUGUAAUAAUCAGCUAAAUUGUAAACCAGUUCCAUUAAGUUUUGGACAUUGUCUAUUAGCUCGUCUAUUCAAACAUCCAGAAUUUAAUAUGAUCUCAUCUAAAUCAUAUGAAAUUAUGAAAGUUUUACUAAAUGAAAUCAUAUUGACAUUUCCUGUAAAUAUUUUAUGUAAAAAAUCUAUGAACCAUACAUCAUCCAUUGCACAUUUAUUGAUCAAUCCAAGUUUAUUACGCUGUCUUAUCUUAUUCGGUUCACAAUCAUUCUGGUAUCCUUCAUUGAAACAACAACAACAACAACAAUCUGGAUUUGGUACUCAUAAUUCAACUGAUCUUUCUAAAUCAUCAAAGAAAUCAAUUUUAUUUAAUUAUGGUUUAAUACCUGGAAUAUUUGAAUUAUUAAUGAAUAUUAAUGAAUUAUCAAACUCAACUAUAAUCAUUAUCAAAUUAUAUAAUUUGUCUAUAUUAGAUAAAUGGCAAUUGAUUAUGGCAAUGUGGACUGGAUUUCGAGAAUUGUUCCUAGAAAAUGAUAAUCAUCAUUCAAUACAAAGAACAUUAAUGAAUCAUGAACAUUUGAGAUUUAUAACACAGCAGUGGCCAAUUACUUCAUUGAUGAAUUGUCUGAUAAAUCGUCUUUCAUUAUCUGUAGUGACAAAUGGGCCGAGUAAAACUGGAGCAACCUUGGAAUCAAUACAUAGACAGUCAUUGUAUAAUAAUAAUAAUAAUAAUAAUACUGAUUAUAUUCAUUCAUUUUAUUGUGCAAAACGAUUAUGUCUAUUGAAUUUAUGUCGUUUAAUUAUUAAUUUAGAUGCUAAUAUGUAUUUAUCUGCAGCUGAACAAGUAUUUUAUACUAUGUCAGAUUAUAAUAACGAUCAUGAUGACGAUGAUGAUGAUCCCGAUCAUAAGGGUAAUAUUAAUCAUCAAUUAUUUAUACAUAAUGAUGAGUUAGAAACUAAAGUGUCAACAUCAACAUCACCAUUAUCCAUGUCUACAUCACAAAUAUCAUUAUCAACAUUAGAUAAUGAUUAUUUAUUUUGGCAUAAAAUUACACGAAAGUGUUUAAAUUAUACGGAACGUUUAAAAAUUUGGGAAUACUUAUCAUUUAAUCAUAAUAAAGUGAUAGAUAAUAGUGAUAACAGUACUGAAGGCAAAUGUGAACUUAAUCAAACUUCAUUUGAAAAAAAUUCAUCUAAACUUUUAAUUGAUUCUUCUACAUCAUAUGAUAUAACUCGAAUACAAACACAAAAUUUAAGUAAUACUGAAGAGAAUCAAAUUAAAGCAGCAGAAAUUCAAUCUAAUCACUGUCAAUCAUUGUCAUCAUUAUCAUCAUCUACAUCGAAACAACAACAAAAAGAACAAUUGUUAAGUAAUGAAGGAUACCAAUUGAACAUGAUUGAAUCUAUAAAGUAUCCAAUGGUUAUUUCAGAUUCCGGUGUAAGUAUAUCAUCUUUACCGGUUAGUAGUGUUGAUCUAAUAAAUGUAGAAAAGGAUGUAUGUCAUAUAUGUAAAGAUAAUGAAUCUAUUCCUACAAAACAUAUUCAAGAAGAAUUAAAUAAUUUCAUUGAAACUGAUUAUACUACUAAUAAAUAUAUAUUAAAUUGUGUUCAAUUACGUAUUGAACAAAAUAGUAUAUUUUCUCAACAUUUAAUUCAUUGUUUAGAUCAUGUUUGGUAUAGACAUUUUCCAAUUGAAUUAUUAUCAAAAGUUUUUUUCAAAGAUAAGCUGAAACGAAAUAUAAUCAAAUUCAAUAACAAUAAUGAGAUGGAUGGAGAGAAGAAGAAGGAGGAGAAGGACGGCGUCGACGACGACGACGAGGAGGAGGAGCAGGGGGAUAAACAUGAAGGAUUUAUUCAUGUUUUCACAAAAAAUAUUUCACAUUCAAAUGAUUGGAAUCUAUAUAAAUUGAAAUCAACUUAUCCUUUAUUAUUGGAUCAUGUUAAUAGUAAUUCAUUAAUUGCAUCACAUUGUUCUACUUCAAUUCGACCACCUUUAUGGUUGAUUUAUAGUUUAAUUCGACAUCCAUAUUUAUCUCAACGUGAAUGUGCUCUUACCGGUUACUGUGUUUGGUUACAUUUUGAAGCUAAUAAAUGGAUAAAAAAAUAUGAACAAUUAUCAACAAAUUUCAGUCAAUCUAUUUAUUUUGAUUGGUCUAUUCCUGUAACAACAUUACAUCAUCAUCAUCAUGAUCAUCAUCCAACUACUAAUACUACUAAUAAUACUACUAAUACUACACAAUUGCAUAGAAUUAUACCAUAUCAAUUAUCAAGAAUACGUUCAUUUGCUAUAGGAUUAUUAUUACCAACAUUACCAUUUCUAUGUAUAACAAAUUGUAAUUCAGAUAUUGAUCUUAAAACUUAUUAUUCUAAUCGUCAUUUAUGUUCUAAAAAAUUAUUAAAUCGUUCAUUCGGUUUAAUUUUACAUGGAUUAGAGAAAUUUUCAUUCAUGAAUUCUAAUGAAAUAAUAAUAAUGAAUGAAUAUUUUCAGAAAACUAAUUGUUUAUUAGAAUCUUCUUCGCAUGAUGUAACUGGAUUUAUCUCUGAACCAACUUACAUUCAUCAUGCUCAUCAUCAGUGUCAUCAUCACCAUCCUAUUAUCUCUGUCGAAUUUGAAAAUAUCAUCAACAAUGCAAAUAAUAAUUCAAAUAUCAGUAAUGCGAGAUAUGAUCAAUUGCCAGCUAAUAAGAAUGCUACUACCACUACUACCAUUACUGCUACCACUACUACCAUUACUGCUACCACUACCACUACUACUACUGCUACUACCACUUCUACUACUACUACUACUACUACUACUACUACUACUACUACUACUACUACUACUACUACUACUACUACUACUACUACUGCUACUGCCACUACUACCACUACUACUACUACUCGUAAUAAUAAUAACAACCGUUGUAAUAAUCCUAAUUUUCAUAAAUAUUAUCUAUUGUCUACAUUUCCAGUGUUAUUUUCAACAUUGAUUGGUAGUUUCAUUGAUGCAUUAAUAAGCUGUAUUGUUAAAUUAAAACUAAUUAAUCAUACAAAGUUAAAAUCUGAUCACAAAGAUGAUAAACAUGAUCAUCACAAAGGAAAUCAUUGUAGUUCUUCUACGGCUACUAUCAAUAAUGAUGAUAAUGAUGCUGAUGAUGAAACCAGUACACCAGAAAUUGAGUUAUGUACUUAUGGUUUAGAUGCUUUCAUUAUUUUAUUACAGGAUUCAGAUAAUUGUGUUCUUAGUUCAGCUAUCAAAUCUAAUUUAUUACCAGUGUUAUACAAUAUGGCUUGGUUAUUGGAAUUUGGCAUCCAUGAAGCUAAUUCAUUAUUACAUAUGCAUAAUAAUGAUUAUCAUAACACUAAUAGACCAAUGUCUAUUAUUCCAUCUCUCUUAAUGCCUAUUUUCACUAGUUUAAAUCGUUUAAUUGGUCGUGUAAUUAGUUGGAUGAUAAUCGAUGAAAAAUUCAGUAAUGAAUUAAUUCCUUCAUCUUGUCCCGUAUUUCAUUAUUCAUUGGAUACAUCAUUACGAUUUCAAUUGAUAAGAACUUUUCUACAAUAUUUAAUUUCAAUGAAACCUGAUUUAAAUAAUAAAGAUUAUGAUGUUUAUGUUGUAAAUUUGGAGUCAGAAGUACAGUUGAAUCCUGGACCAGUUAGUCGAUGCCUUGUUCGUCGAGUUUUACAUAGUCUUUUAGAAACUUCAAUUAGUCAGUUAGAUCGAAUUGGAGAAGAACUUAACAAAUCAGUAGCCUUUAGUCAACAAAAUAUAGGUAAACAACAAGAAAAUGAUAUACAAACAGCUACUGAAGAUGGGAAUGUUAAGUAUCUUUGUGAAAAUUUAAAAUUACAUUAUAAUCAUUUAGUAUGGAUAUUAAAUUGUACUGUAAAUGUACUGAUUUAUUCACCUUAUCGAGAUGAACAAAUGAUUAAUAUCCCGAAUCAGUUAAAUUCAAUUCCUGAAACAUCCAAGCACAAAAAUACAACCAUUUCUCCAGUUCCUGUAAGAAUUCAAAGUUUUCAUGUUGAUUUGGGGGAAGAGAUUGAUGUAGAUCAAAAUAUGAAUCAAGCUUGCACUACUCCUUCUACGCUUAAUCAACAUCAUCAUGAUCUUGGUGAUAGAAAACAAACUUCAUGUGAUCUGUCGAAAUAUUGUUUCCAUCAUGACAACAACAAGAACUCUAGAUGUGAGAUAAUGAUAGAGAGACAUUUGUUAUUUUCAAAGCAUAAGAGUUUAUUUUUAUGCAUGCAUCAAAGUUUGGAAAAGGCUAUUAUCACUUCAAUGUUUACUACAGCACAACAUAUUCAGAGUGGUAAUUUACUAAAAAUUCCAAAUAUUUCAAAUUAUAUAACAACGAAUGAUUUUAUGAAUUUAUACAAUAAAGCACUUGGUCGAAUUCUUGUUUCACGUAUACAAUUACCAGAAAUUGAUGUAGCUGUCGAUUUCUUAGUUACCUAUUUAUUAAAACUAUUUAAUGAAGACUCUUAUUUGUUAAAUUCAUGUUUAGCAGCAUUGCCACCAAUGUAUUCCCCUACAUUUUGGAAUAAUCUAAUCGCUAUAAAAUAUUGGUUACAUCAAAAUCAAUCAAUAUGGUUCACAUAUAUAUCAUCCAAUACAUUAGAUAUUCAUCAUAAUAUAAAUCAUGAUUUAUUCUUUAACUUAACAACUAAUAAUGAAACAAAUAUGAUAUCUAAUUAUUAUAUAAAUCAACAAUUAACUCAAUUAUAUACAAUUAUUGAAAUGAUACUUAUCAAUAAUCAUAUUAUCAGUGAUAAAUCAAUACAAAAUUUACCAUCUAUAUUAUUAUCACCUUGGAUACAAGAGAAAUUCAAUCAUGUUACACCAUCUGAAUUGUAUACAUAUCAUGAUAUAAUUAAAAUUGAAUAUAAAAAACUUGGUGAACAAUGGAAAUUAUCACUGCUUGAUCUAAACAAAUUGAUACAUUUAAAAUUAUCUACAAAUAAUAAAAGUGUAUCUAUGGUUCAUGAUAAAAAGUCAAUACUUGUUCAAUUGAUACAAAUGUUUUGGCCAAAAUCAACUAAUAACAAAUUAACAAAUAAUGAAAAUCUCUUUUCAUCAUUGAAUGCUUCGUCGAAAAAAUAUUUACCAAGAAAAUUUCCUAUUACACAAUUGUGUAGUCAAGCACGUAAACAAUGUGUUGAUGGUCAUAAUGCAUGGUUAGAUGCUUAUAGUGAACGUAAACGUAUUGUAGGCCCAUUGGGUACUGUACUUUGGGCGCGUGUAGCUGAGCAUUUAAGUCAUAGCAGAGGAUUAUUUUAUCAUUCGAAAUCUACUCCAUUUGGUUGGUGUGUUGAUCCUGUAGAAGAUUCAUUACGUCAACAUGGUCGAUUUUAUUAUACACAUUUACCAAUGGCUGAACGUUUAAUACAUACAACUUCACGAUCGAAUCUAUUAUCCGCGCGUCAAUCACAUCCACUUGCCUCGUUAAUUGGUUUACCAUCAAUCAUGAAUCAUUCUCAACCUGUAAUUGGUGCAGCUUGUACAUGGCAUAACUUACCAUUAUGUUUACCAUUAUCAUCUAUUCCAUUAAUACAAUUAGCAUCAGCUAGCCGAUAUCAUAUUCAAGCUGUUUGGGCAUGUCGUUUAGUUGGUAUUCUACAUAUUCCACCUAUUGAAGGUGAUUUAAUACUUGGUCAAACAUGGUUAAGAUUUCAACCUGAUCCAUUAAUGAAUAGAAAUUUAUUGAUGAAUGAUGAUUGUAAUAAUAGUGACAGUAAGAAUGUGCAAUUUAUUGAGAUUGAAUCAUUAUAUCCUUAUCAAAGUCCUUCUAAUCGAUUAUGGUUUGCAUGGUCUUUUAAAUCAAUUCAUCAUAUUGAAGCACGUCGAUAUUCAUUACGUGAUAUUGCAGUAGAAAUAUUUCCCGAUGAAACAGAUGUGAAUGCACCAAUGCUUUUUGCUAUGUAUUCUUCUAAAGACAGGGAUAAUUUUAUCGAAACUAUCACUCCUUUAAUUGGUCAUCAUUCAUGUUAUUGUAUUCAUCAUUAUCAUAAUCGAUUAUUAGUGAAUACCGAUGAACAAUUUGCCAUAGCUAAUCCUCUCCCAUCGAUUCAUCAUCAUCAUCAUCAUCAUCAUCAUCAUCAUCAUCAUCAUCAUUGUACUUUUAAACAAUUAAAAAAAUGUAAAUUACAAAAUGUACAACAAGCAUGGUUAAAUGGCGAAUUAUCAAAUUUUGACUAUUUAAUGAAGUUAAACACAACUGCUGGUCGAAGUUAUAAUGAUUUAAUGCAGUAUCCUAUAUUUCCAUGGAUUAUACGUGAUUAUGAAAGUCUUGUGUUAGACUUAACCCAACCAACUUCAUUUCGACGAUUAGAUCGUCCAAUAGCUGUACAAGAAGACGAUAGAGCUGAAGCUGUAGCAGCACGAUUCAAUGAAGCUGAAUUACUAUCCAAAACAUCAUCUACAUCACAUCCAGAAGCAUCGGGAAUACAAUCAAAAACGUCUACUUUAUCGAAUUUAAGUAGUGUUUGUCCACCAUAUCAUUAUCCAGCGCAUUGUUCAAAUGAAGCAAUUGUGUUACAUUUUCUUGUUCGUUUACCCCCAUACACUUUUCGUCAUUUACGUUUUCAAGAUAAUAAUUUCGAUGUACCCGAUCGUUUAUUUCAUUCAAUUGCAACAACAUGGCGUUUAGCUACUACUUCUGUUUCAUGUGUUAAAGAAUUAGUACCAGAAUUUUAUUUUCAACCAGAAAUGUUUAUUAAUCGAAGUGGAUUGAAAUUAGGCUGUCGACAACCAGGUGAUAGUGUAGAUAAUGUUGAAUUACCACCUUGGUGUAAAAAUGAUCCACGUUUAUUCACAUUAAUUUGUCGUGCUGCAUUAGAAAGUAAUUAUGUAUCAAUGAAUUUAUCAUAUUGGAUUGACUUAUUAUUUGGUUAUAAACAAUCUGGACAAAAUGCUAAAGAUUCCUUGAAUCUAUAUCAUCCAUAUACAUAUUUUGGCUCAAUCAAUGUGGAUACAAUAGACGAUCCUAUUUUAGCACAAGCUAUCGAAGGUAUGAUUAAUAAUUAUGGUCAAACACCGAAACAAUUAUUUCACAAACAUCCUCAUCCAUGUCGUAAAUUGCCGUUUUCUAAUGAAGCCAGACUGAAUAUGACGUCGAAAUUCAAAAGUAAAUCCACUGGUACAAUGUAUAAUAUGACGAGUCAAGAGAACGUUGGAGAUAGACGUUCUUCUACACCCGCAUUAUUUAACUGUAAUAAUAUCAAUGAUGACGAUAAGAAUUCAUUACAAGCGGCAACGUUUUCUGUGAGUGAAAAACAAUACUCAUCAGUUAAACUGGACAACACACCGUUAGAAACUGUGAUUGGAUUAAAAUGGGGUGAAUGGGCAGGUAGUCCACAGGUGAACUCUUUUGAAAUAAUUUGGAAGAAACAGUUCAUCAAUACAAAGUUAUCAGUAUCGAGAAGUACAAAGAAUUCACUGGAACAUUCUGAAAUAUUAAAAAUACCAUUUCUUAGUCAUUUAACCGGUUCUAUAUGGUGUGAAUUCAAUACGAAAGAUACUCAUUUACUUCAUUGUAUGAAUCAACUUAACAAUAUCUCUUCAAUAAAUAAUGAUAAAUUACAUCAUUCUUGGAAUGGUUGGGUUGAUUUCAACAUUGAUCAUGAAAUAGGUGAAUGUUUCUUGUCAUCAUCAUCAUCGUUCACAACAGAUGUUCAUACUGAUUGUUCAUGGUAUUGGAAAAUUCUUCACUGUGAAUCAAAUGCAUGUAUAUGGGUAUCGUUAUUACUAGACAUUAGUAAUUUACAAGAUCAAUUGUAUCCUGUACCAUAUUUAAUAAAAUUGAAACCAUCUUUACUAGACAAUAGAACUUUAAAUAUUUUUAUAAAACGUUUACCCAAAGAAUCACAUAGUACUUGUAAUGCUUCUUCUAAUUAUCCUUAUGACGAACCUUUUGGAACUACUGAUUCCUCUCCAUCAGAACUACAUCAUCAUCAACAUAAUGAUGAGAUAAACUUACAAUUACCAUAUUCAAAUCCUCUUCCAUUCGAUACUGGAAAAUCUUUAAUUACUUCAUUAGCUAUUUCACCUAGUUCAAGUCAUGGUAUUCAAUUAUUUGUUGGUACCUGUUUUGGAUCAAUAUAUGUAAGACAAUUGCCUACAAAUUUAUAUGAUAUUUCAUCCAUUGACAGUUGGUUACCACAAGAUUAUCAAGGAGAAUCAUCAUUAAAUGAAGAUAAACCAAAUUGUACAGCAAAUAUUCAUAAACGAUCAAGAAAAGAAUCAACAAAACGAAACAUGAAACAUUCAAAACUGACUAUUACUACUACUACUACCCCGAUGAAUCCUACUCAAACUCUUAAUCAUUCUAUUCAUGAUGAGAAUAAUAAUAAUAAAGAAACCGCUGGUUUAUGGGAAAUUACCGGUUGGAAACAAUUAUAUGGUCAUGCUGGACAUGAAAUCACUAGUUUAAUAAUUAAUCGUAAUAAUAGUUUAAUUGCUAGUGGUGAUAAUCAAGGUUAUGUAUGUUUAUGGGAUAGAUAUCGCUUAACAUUAAUUAAAACAAUUAAUACUAAUAUUAUUAAUGAUCAUGAUUAUCAACAAAAUGAAUUCGGUGAUAGUUCAAAUAGUAGUCAAAGUCAUAGUAUCACUACUACUAAUACCGGUCAGGAUUACCAUAGCAUUCAUGAUUUAAAACAACCCCGUAGACGAUAUUCCUCUAAUCAUCUUACUGUGGAGAAUUCCAUACAUAAAAGUAAUGAAGAUAUACAAAUGAAGAAAAAGAAGUCUAUUUUAAGUAGUAGUAGUAGUAGUAGUAGUAGUAGUAGUAGUAGUAGUAGUAGUAGUAGUAGUAGUAGUAGUAGCAGUAGUAGUACUUCAACAGCUGAUUUUAUAAAUAUCAAUGAUGAUUCAGUAUUAUUGAAUAAUUUUAAACGUAUUGAUGGAAUAUGCUUCAAUUUAACAUCCGGUGAAUUAGUUGUAGCCAAAUGGAAUCAUCCUAAUUUUAAUGUCUGUUGGCUUGGUUUAUAUUCUUGUUCUGGAGUUUGGAUAGCUAAUCGUAUUUUAGAUUUUCUAGCUGAAAUCAAUGAUCCAUUAACAGAUUCACUUUUAUUACAAAUCUAUGAUGAUAAUUAUCAUCCUUUAGUUCCUAUGGCAUUUUCAACUGUAUCUGAAGGUCGAGGUGUGAAUUGUUUAUUAGUUGGUGGUCCAGGUGGUCGAUUAGUUUGGUUGAAUUCAUGGACAUUGGAUACAAUAAGAACAUAUAUGCUCCCAGAUAAUGAUGAAAAUGCACGUAUAACAUCAGUUUGCUUCGGACCACUGUUGAAUACUACUACUACUACUACUACUACUACUACUACUACUACUACUACUACUAAUAAUAAUAAUAAUAAUAAUAAUAAUAAUAAUAAUAAUAAUAAUAAUAAUAAUAAUAAUGUGAAUUAUCAUACAAAUUCAAAAGAUUUAGGUGAAAUUUUAUGUCAAGGUUUAUAUGUAACUGUUCAAACAGGUUGUUUAUAUCAUUUUGGUCCUAAAUCUAUACAAACAUGUCCUACUAUAGAUCAAUUAAAUAAUGAUAACUAUUCAUCUUAUUCAACUAAUGAACUGCAUAAACAUUCUAUUGUACAUUGGUUAGAUACAUAAUGACUAUGUAUUUAUUUUUAUAUGAUUGUUGUUUAGAAUGAUUUUAAAGAUUUUUAUUUUAACGAACUUCCUUUUUUAUUUGUAAUUUUUUUCUCUUUUGAUAAAUACAUAUACGUUCUAUUGUA